AUGGAGCUGGAGGCUGCUGCUGCCGCGCGGGCGACGUGCAGCAGGAGGGACGGGCGGAAGCUGGUGCGGUGCCCGCGGCUGCAUCUGGACACGAAGACGGUGACGGCCAUCGAGCAGUCCACGGGGGAGAGCGUCGGCGUCGCCGACGCCGUGGCCGCCGCCGAGGGCGGCGCUGGCGCGAUGCGCGUCAAGAUCGUGCUCAGCAAGCAGCAGCUGAAGCAGGUGGCAGCGGCCGUCGCCGCCGGAGGCGGCGGCGCCUUCGCCGCGCUGCCGCCGGCGCUGGAGCAGCUCGUCAGCGUGCUGAAGCGCCAGCACUACGCCAAGAAGCAGGCCGCGGCGGCCGACGUGGUGGCUGCGGCCGGAAGACGCCGGGGCCGCUGGUCGCCGGCGCUGCAGAGCAUCCCGGAGGAAUGCUUUUAG